GGCUCCUUCCCUAACUGUCUUCGGUCUGCGCUGCCCGAUGUCAACAGCGACCACAGUAGCAACGUAUAUAAUAUAUAUUAUAUAUAUAUAUAUAUAUAUGCAUUUACAUACCACUUUAAUACCAACACAGAAAGUACCGUAACUUCCGUUCGCUCUGGUAUCAACAUAGGAGGCUACGUGUCGCCUUGGCCAUUAGAGCUACGGACCAGUCGUCCACCUGCUGCGGAGCAAAGUUCGGACAGACUGACUGCUGUUCAGAACAUUUGAACAGAUACUUUGUUGAUUGUUGCAGUGCAAUAAAAGUGUUUUGGACUGAAACGAAGAGAAAAACCUUUGUCAACAGUGUGCCGUCCGUAGAAGACAAGAGAGCGGUGACUGAGCUUGUUCAGCGUUGCGCAGGUAAGCCUCUCUUCUUCUCCGGCUGAUGUCUUAGAUCAUGAGUAUCCUGGGACCUCCGAUAAGGCAGGCCAAUGGGGUGGCCAGAUCUGACAGCAAGAUUAGCGCCAAGGCUCUAUAUGAGCAACGGAAGAAAUACUCCAACUCCAAUGUCAUUAUGCAGGAGACGUCUCAGUACCACGUGGAGCACCUGUCCACCUUCAUGAUGGACAAGGCAGAGUCCAUUGCCACAGUGGACGAUGCCAUUAAGAAGCUGGUGCUGCUGGACUCCAAAGAGAAGAUCUGGACCCAGGAGAUGCUGCUUCAGGUCAGCGACAAGGCUGUACGGCUACUGGAUGUUGAUACACAGGAAGAGUUGGAGAACUUUCCCCUGCCUACUAUCCACCACUGCCAGACAGUGUUGAAUCAGACCAGGUAUCCAUCCGUCCUUCUGCUGGUGUGUCAAGACACUGAACAGCACAGACCCGACAUUCACUUCUUCCACUGCGACGAGGUGGAGGCAGAGAUGGUCCAUGCAGACAUCGACAGCGCUCUGGGGGACAGCAAACAUGGGAAGAAGAUACGACCACAGACCUUGAAGGUGAACCAGGAGAAGAUGAAGCACCACAGAGAAUCCAUCAUCCCCCCCUCUUCCGCCCCCAAGGGAUCGGCCCCCUCAGGCAAGGGCCGUGUGGCUGCCAUGAACAUGCAGGAUGUGGAGAGGCGAGGUUCGGCCCAGCAGGACCCAGAGUCCCAUGAGAAGCUGGCCCAGCGCAUUGAGAAGGACGUGCAAAUCCUGAACUGUUCCCUGGAUGACAUAGAGUUCUUUGUGGCUCGGCUGCAGAAGGCUGCGGAGGCGUUCUCUCAGCUCAACCAGCGCAACAAGAGUAAGAAGAUGAAGAAGAAAGGCCCAGCAGAGGGAAUGCUGACCCUGAGAGCUAGGCCCCCCUCUGAGGCAGAGUUCAUUGAUAGCCUACAGAAACUUAAGCUGGCUUUCAACCUACUGGCCAAACUGAAGAAACACAUCCAGAACCCCAGCGCUUCUGAACUGGUACACUUCCUCUUCGGCCCCCUGGACCUGGUGCUCCAGUCCUGUGGUAGCGUAGAGCUGCCCCGCUCUGUGGUCUCCCCUCACUUAUCCAGAGAUGCAGUAGACUUCCUGAGGGGUCAUCUGUCACCUAAAGAAAUGACCAUCUUUGAACUGCUGGGAGAUGGGUGGACAAGACCUAGAGCGGACUGGCCACGGGACCAGUGUGCCUCUACCUACUUCCCUAAGUUCAGGAACGGGUGGGAGCCCCCAGCUGAGCUGUUCAGGACCUCCCCAUGGGAGACAGAGGGAUUAGGGGAACCUCCCAUGUCCUUCAUGUCCCACCCCAUGUCCCCACACAAGUCAGAAGAGUUUUUCGGAACCCAGUCUUCCAGCUCAUCAAAUGGGUCCUACAAUGGUCUGGCCUCCUCGUCCCGUAAAUAUGCUAAGAUCUGCUACCACUUUGUGGCCCGCAACGCCAACGAACUGUCAGUACUGCAGGACGAGGUGGUAGAGGUGAUAGAGGACGAUAAACAGUGGUGGAAAGUGAGGAACAGGAGCGGCCAAUCAGGGUACGUCCCCUCCAACGUCCUGGAUGUGGUCACACUGGAGGAACCACACGGCAUGGCUGAACCCCUCUAUAGCCAGGCUGGCCAGCCCUACAGCCCAACCUCUCCCUCCAGCUCUCUAGGUAGAGGGGAGAGCUUUGACAUGAGCCGCUCCAAAGACUCUCGGACACACCAGAUGGAUGAGGUGAAUGAUGAGUUGUUGAAGAGGAUCACCAGUAAUAAGUCCCAGCCUCCAGCCCGUAACUUCAGGGUGGAUCGCCCUUCAAGCAGCAGUUCCACGCUCCUCACUUUCAAUUCCAGCCCCCCGCAGGUUACCGCCUGGCUCAACUCCAAGGGAUUCUCUAAACCGACGGUGGAUUGUCUGGGGAUCCUGACGGGUGCUCAGCUCUUCUCUCUGAACAAGGAGGAACUGAAGGCAGUGUGUGGAGAUGAGGGAGCCAGGGUCUACAGCCAGACCACCGUGCAGAAAGCCCAGCUAGAGAAGAGCAGUGGGGAUUCAGAGCUCCAAGAGAUCAUGAGACGACGACAAGAGAAGAUCGAUGCCGGCAAGGACUGAUCUGGACAUGCUCACUGACUUUCAACCAAUCACAGGCCAGCCUGGCUGACUGUCAACCAAUCACAGCCUAGCAUGGCUGGGUACCAUAACAACCCUCUCCAGUACUAACCAACCAAAAGCCUUCCCCUCCCAAAGCGCCUACCCUUUCACGAACCAACUGUUUUUUCUUUUGUCAGACAAUUGACAUUUAAUAUUGGUAUGUACUAUAAAUGUUGUUGUAUACAUUUUUUUUUUUUUUAUUGUAUAUUUAUUUUUUAUUGUUUUGUGAAUUUGAAUGUUUACUUCAAUGAUGUUCUCUGGUAAUUAUGACUGCUUCUCUGUCUGACACUAACCACGUUUCCAUCCAAACAUUUCAUGUGGAUAAAUUACCUGACACAUGAAAGAAGUUACGACGGGGCUUAUGGAAACAUUAAAUACUGGUACAUUUGUAGAAAUGCCGACAGACAAUAUGUUCGUUCGACAUGGCGGGAUCCUUUUUGUGUCGGUAAAAUUAAUUAUGCAAGAAAUGGUGGUGGAAAUGCCUUUAUACUUAAAUAUUGAUAUAAUAAUCAUCAUAUUGACGUCAACUUGGAGUCAGGCGAUGGAUGAUAUGUUGUGUAGUCCUCCCCACUACGACUCGGGAAACCACGCAGUUUAUUAGGCUACAGAUGAAAUAAAUGAUGAUGAACUUCACCGGGUGGUGAUGAGCUUGAUGCGCCUUUCCAAUCUUAUUCCAGUGACAUGUUGAUAGAUACUUGGCUGUCGUUUGACAAAAUGAAAAAAAUUAUAUCGCUUUUAUCCAUAAAUCAUCUCAUAAUGGACUGCAUUUGAGACCUGUUGACUAGAGACCAGAGUGGACACAUUCGCUAUUUAUAACACAGCUCUUCUUUUUGUGAUAAAACCAUCAAGAGUUGAAAACGCGAUGGAAACCCAAUUAACUUCUAUUGGGAAUUUAACAGAAAAAAAGUAUGUUUUAUGUGCACUACACCACACAGUCUUUUAUCUGCAAAAAUUAAGUUUGUUGGAAAAACAUCUCUGGUGUGAAUAAACUGUUAAUAUUGUUUUAGGGCAAAUGUUAGAAUAUUUGUAUGAAAAUAUGUCGCUAAUUGGAUGAAAUACCUGGCUACUGUCUCUUAACUUUGUAUCGUGGUGAGGGACCAUAUUAAUACCUGGCUACUGUCUCUUAACUUUGUAUCGUGGUGAGGGACCAUAUUAAUACCUGGCUACUGUCUCUUAACUUUGUAUCGUGGUGAGGGACCAUAUUAAUACCUGGCUACUGUCUCUUAACUUUGUAUCGUGGUGAGGGACCAUAUUAAUACCUGGCUACUGUCUCUUAACUUUGUAUCGUGGUGAGGGACCAUAUUAAUACCUGGCUACUGUCUCUUAACUUUGUAUCGUGGUGAGGGACCAUAUUAAUACCUGGCUACUGUCUCUUAACUUUGUAUCGUGAUGAGGGACCAUAUUCAUUUUGAGUGAGUAUGUGUUUUAUGUAUCGUGAUGAGGGACCAUAUUAAUUUUGAGUGACUAUGUGUUUUCAGGCUUUUAUGUCUCCCAUGUUUUAUCUCCAGGGAUUUAUGGAAGACAUUUUUUAUUUUUAUUUUUUUAAAUCAAAUCCAUAAAGGUUCUCAAUGUAUAUUGUGAAAUUGGAUGUUAAUGUUAACAUAAGGGAUGAUUCUAACCUACAGUAGUAGUAGUACAAUGUUAUACCUUAUAAUAAGUAGUGCUGUAUGUACGUUUUUGAGUUUUCUGAAUUUUAUUCUCAUAUCCAGUCACACAUAAUUGCAGCUGUUCAACAAAAUACACUUCUGUAAUUCAGUUUACAUGUUCUAUAUUACUAAAUGUGAUACUCUAAUUCAGUUUACAUAUUCUAUAUGACUAAAUGUGAUACUCUAAUUCAGCUUACAUAUUCUAUAUUAUUAAAUGCAAUAUCUGUAAUUCAGUUUACAUAUUCUAAAUUACUAAAUGUGACACUCUAAUUCAGUUUACAUAUUCUAUAUUACUAAAUGUGAUACUCUAAUUCAGCUUACAUAUUCUAUAAUAUUAAAUGCAAUAUCUGUAAUUCAGUUUACAUAUUCUAUAUUACUAAAUGCAAUAUCUGUAAUUCAGCUUACAUAUUAUAUAUUACUAAAUGCGCUACUGUAAUUCAGCUUACAUAUUCUAUAUUACUAAAUGCGCUACUGUAAUUCAGCUUACAUAUUCUAUAUUACUAAAUGCGCUACUGUAAUUCAGCUUACAUAUUCUAUAUUACUAAAUGCGCUACUGUAAUUCAGCUUACAUAUUCUAUAUUACUAAAUGCGCUACUGUAAUUCAGCUUACAUAUUCUAUAUUACUAAAUGCGCUACUGUAAUUCAGCUUACAUAUUCUAUAUUACUAAAUGCGCUACUGUAAUUCAGCUUACAUAUUCUAUAUUACUAAAUGCGCUACUGUAAUUCAGCUUACAUAUUCUAUAUUACUAAAUGCGCUACUGUAAUUCAGCUUACAUAUUCUAUAUUACUAAAUGCGCUACUGUAAUUCAGCUUACAUAUUCUAUAUUACUAAAUGCGCUACUGUAAUUCAGCUUACAUAUUCUAUAUUACUAAAUGCGCUACUGUAAUUCAGCUACAUAUCCACGGUCUAUAUGAAGUAUGCUUUACAUGUACAAUAUUAAUCCAAUCCAAUAUUUCUGUUCUGUGUUCAUGUUUUUUUCCUCCAAUAAUAAACCCAAGGUUGAAAUUCAAACUGAUCUUUGUGGACAGAGAACUGUCCGGGUUAUCACACACCCAGAGUAAUCUGAAGUAGCGGAGAGUAGAUAACUUGUGUUUUUUAUUUUUUUUAUUAUUUUAAAUGUUUAACCCUGUUGUCUUUUUUUUAAAGGAUAUAUAUUGGAUGCAGUUGUGUAAAUAAAGCUAAUUUGUGGUAUAGAAUUGGGAGAGAAAGUCUUAAUAAAAACGUAGUUGGUCAAGA